AUGCCUUCGACUAUCCAAAUCCAAGAGCAUGGAAAUGCCACCCAUCUCCAAUUAGCGGCGCGCAUAGAGGAGCUCCGCCAGCUCACUCGAAUCCAGAAGAAACUUGAAAGACGCUCCAAGAUCAUCGUAUUCGAUGAUGAGCAGCUCCAGGAGCUCAGUAUGGUUCGGGGCUCGCUAUUCGAUAUAGAUGAGGAUGAUCCUAUUGACCUUGAUCCCCGCUACUUUCUUCCCGGUCCGAUCCAGGAGCUGGAAGAUGGACUUGAGCAGCUACGCAGUGAGUGGGCCAUUUUCCCUCGCCCGUGGCCACAGGCCAAGCCGAUUGAGAAUCGCCAUCUCCAAGGCAGAGACGAAUUCGCCCACAGCAGUGCAGCCGACGAUGCUUUCUUUGCUGAAAUAGGACCCGAAUGCAAGAAGUCCUGGCGGUCUCCAGAAGACGGUCGCCCAUGCUGGCAGUAUUGGUCGAGUGGUGACUUUUACAUGCGACCCCAUCCAGGAAAUUGUCCUCCUGAACGCGGUGUGUCCAAUUACAACCCCGACGUACCUCAUGCUGUCGGCACCGUCUGCGAUAUAGCUCGCCCAAGGGGCCAGAGUUCCCUCCACAGCGAGUUGCUCGCAGCCGUUUGUCUCCUCAAGGCACAAAUCGACUCGCCAAGCCGAUAUCUUGGCCACCACGUGUGUCAUAUUCUGAUUGUCAGCUUUCACGCCCGGUUCUCGGCUCGUAUCAUCCAAGCAUACUUUCAGAAUGGAAAAGUUGUCAUUCGACCGUCCCGCCUUAUCAACCUACAUACUCGAACUAUUUCGCCAGAGGUCAAGCUUGUUAUUCGGUGGCUCAACAGCCGGCCAGUCGGCGAUACACGCCUGCCAGUCCAAGCAGUCCCAAUCCUUGACCAAGUUGAUGACAACUUUGACUUGCCUGUUCAGGUGACGGAUGUCGAGGGAGUUUUGCCGCAGGAUACUUGUGAGAGGCAAGCAAUAGAGGGGGCGGAGGUUGUCUUGUGUAGCUUACCUACGGCUACACUUUUCACUUGA